AUGAUUAAGUUCACUAACGAGAACUUAAUUAGAGGGAUCCGAAUGACGAUUUCCGCAAAAUCUCGUCAUUUGGCUCUAGGGACAGAUAUGACGAGAAAGUUUAGCUUGUCGUGUAGGUUUUUGAACAAAGCAAAUCUUACUGAAGAAGAGAAAGAGUUGUUAAAUGAACCAAGGGCGCGCGACUAUGUGGAUGUUUGUAUAGUUGGAGGAGGGCCUGCGGGAUUAGCAACAGCAAUCAAAUUAAAACAGUUAGACAAUUCGUCAGGAACAGGCCAAUUGCGUGUCGUUGUUCUUGAAAAAUCCAGUGUAUUGGGUGGACAAACUGUUUCCGGCGCUAUAUUGGAACCGGGAGUGUGGAAAGAACUAUUCCCUGAUGAAAAGUCUGACAUUGGCAUUCCGUUACCAAAGGAGUUAGCUACGUUGGUAACUAAAGAACAUUUGAAAUUUUUAAAGGGGAAAUGGGCGAUCAGCGUUCCAGAACCAUCUCAAAUGAUCAAUAAAGGACGUAAUUAUAUUGUCUCUUUGAACCAAGUCGUCGGAUAUUUAGGAGAAAAGGCAGAAGAAGUAGGAGUUGAAGUUUACCCCGGAAUAGCUGUCUCGGAUCUCAUAUAUGAUGAAAACAACGCCGUUAAGGGUGUAAUUACUAAAGAUGCUGGUAUUUCGAAGUCCGGUAAGCCUAAGGAAACCUUCGAACGUGGGAUGGAAUUUUGGGCUAGACAAACUGUAUUAGCAGAGGGCUGUCAUGGUUCCUUAACAAAACAAGCCUUGGCAAAAUAUGAUUUAAGAAAAGGCAGACAGCACCAAACUUAUGGAUUAGGUAUUAAAGAAGUUUGGGAAGUCAAGCCGGAGAAUUUUAACAAGGGAUUUGCAGCUCAUACCAUGGGGUACCCGUUGACAAAUGAUGUUUAUGGCGGUGGUUUCCAGUACCAUUUUGGUGAUGGGCUGGUCACUGUGGGCCUUGUCGUGGGGUUAGAUUAUAAGAAUCCCUAUGUUUCACCUUACAAAGAGUUUCAAAAGAUGAAACAUCAUCCAUACUAUUCAAAAGUUUUAGAAGGAGGUAAGUGUAUCGCUUAUGCUGCAAGAGCAUUGAAUGAAGGUGGACUGCAAUCUGUACCCAAGUUGAAUUUCCCUGGUGGUGUUUUGGUAGGGGCUAGCGCGGGUUUCAUGAACGUUCCAAAGAUCAAGGGUACUCAUACUGCGAUGAAGAGUGGAUUACUUGCCGCUGAAAGUAUCUUUGAGUCCAUAAAAGGGUUACCUGUCUUAGAAGAGGUUGAAGACGAAGACGCCAAAAUGGCUAUGUUUGAUAAGGAGGCAACUAUUAACUUGGAAUCAUAUGAAAGUGCAUUCAAAGAAUCAUCGAUAUAUAAGGAACUAUACGAAGUGCGUAAUAUUAGACCGUCCUUCAGCGGGAAACUUGGUGGAUAUGGUGGUAUGAUCUACUCUGGAAUCGAUUCUUUGAUAUUGAAGGGAAAAGUUCCGUGGACACUGAAAUUUGAUGAAAAAAAUGACGGUGAAAUUUUGGAACCUGCUUCCAAGUACAAACCGAUAGAAUACCCCAAGCCUGAUGGUGUGAUAUCCUUUGAUAUAUUGACCUCCGUGUCUAGAACCGGAACCUACCAUGAUGAUGAUGAACCAUGUCACUUGAGGGUUCCUGGACAAGAUAUGGUAAAGUACGCCGAGAGAAGCUUUCCCGUUUGGAAAGGUGUUGAAUCGAGGUUCUGCCCAGCAGGUGUCUACGAAUUCGUCAAAGAUGAAAAAUCGCCUGUGGGUACGAGACUGCAAAUCAAUUCACAAAAUUGUAUCCAUUGCAAGACCUGUGAUAUUAAGGCGCCCAGACAAGAUAUUACUUGGAAAGUACCCGAAGGUGGAGAUGGACCAAAGUACACGCUAACUUAA